CCCGCGGCGCGCGGCCCCUCAGCGGGGCACGGGCGGCGGAGCGGGGCCGGCGGCCGGAGCAGGAGCAGGAAGCGCCGCGGGCGGCAGCGAGGCCUGGAGCGGAGCGGAGCGGCGCGGGACGCCCGCCGCUCCGCGGUCAAAGGCUUUGAAGUAACCAUGGAUAAAAGAGGAGGUGUAACAGAAACGGAAAAUGGCGAUGCUUUCCUGGAGCUGAACAGAAUCCCAACCAAAUACCCGCAUCGUUACACUAAGGAGGAACUGCUUGAUAUUAAAGAGCGUCCCUACUCUAAGAAAAGACCUUCUUGUCUUUCUGAAAAAUAUGACAGUGAUGGUGUCUGGGAUCCAGAGAAGUGGCAUGCAUCUUUAUAUCCAACUUCAGGAAGAACUUCACCAGUGGAAAGCUUUAAAAAAGAUUUGGAUUCAGAUCGGACUUCUCUUAUGCGUAGGAUAGUAGACCCGAGGGAGCGAGUGAAAGAAGAUGACUUGGAUGUGGUGCUGAGUCCCCAGAGGCGAAGCUUCGGGGGGGGCUGCCACGUGAGUGCGUCAGUGAGCUCGCGGCGGGCGGGCAGCCCCCUGGAGAAGGACAGCGACGGCGUGCGCGUCAUCGGGGGCCGCAGGAUCGGCAGCGGCAGAAUCAUCUCCUCCCGCAACUUCGACAAGGACCAUCGGGGCGGGGAUUCCAGGGACGGAAGAGACCGUGACAGGGACUACAAGGACAAACGCUUCAGGAGGGAGUUUGGUGACAGCAAACGCGUCUUCGGGGAGCGAAGGAGGAACGACUCGUACACUGAAGAGGAGCCUGAGUGGUUCUCUGCCGGUCCUACCAGUCAGUCUGAAACCAUUGAGCUCACAGGCUUCGAUGAUAAAAUUUUGGAGGAAGAUCACAAGGGGAGGAAACGCACGAGGCGACGCACGGCCUCCCUGAAGGAAGGGAUAGAAUGCAAUGGUGGAGUGGUAGAAGAAGAUGAAGUGCAAACUGUCCUUGCCAAUGAAACUCCAGCAGAUCAAGAAGUUCCUAGAGAAGCUGCUUUACAAGAACCAGCUCCAGGAGAGUUUGACUUCAAUGAGUUCUUUAACUUGGAUAAAAGUGUUCCUGGCCUGGCUUCAAUGAUAGAGGAUGUGCUGGGGGAAGGUUCAGUGUCUGCCAGCAGGUUCAGCAGGUGGUUUUCUAAUCCCAGUCAUUCUGGAAGUCGAUCAAGCAGCUUGAGAUCCACCCCCCACGAGGAGCUGGAGAGGCUGGCAGGUCUAGAGCAAGCCAUUCUCUCCCCUGGCCAGAACUCUGGAAACUACUUUGCUCCCAUUCCAUUGGAAGACCACUCUGAAAACAAAGUGGACAUCCUAGAAAUGCUACAGAAAGCCAAAGUGGACUUAAAACCUCUUCUCUCAAGUCUUUCAGCCAACAAGGAAAAGCUUAGAGAGAGCACACAUUCAGGAGUCGUACUUUCAGUGGAAGAAGUUGAAGCUGGGCUAAAAGGCCUGAAAGUGGAUCAGGAGGGGAAAAUUGCCACUCCCUUUAUGGCUGAGCAGAUGGAGGAAGCACUGAAUGCCACUGGCUCCAGACAGAUGAAGAAGGACGGAGAUAUGACGGCGUUUAACAAACUAGUGAGCAGCAUGAAGGCCAGCGGGACCCUGCCCUCCCAGCCCAAAGUCAAUCAGAGCCUUGAAAGCCACUUAAUGUCACCUCCAGAGAUGUCAGGCCAGCCUCUAUCAAAGAAUAUUCUGCAGGAACUUCUUGGCCCACCCAUUGCCAGACCUGCUUCAUCAAACGUCUUGAGUGGCCUGAUGGGUGGUUUGGAACCUGCAGCCUCUCUGCUGACACAGAGAGCCCCUUCCCCCCCCAUCCCCACCGUGUUCCCAGCGCGAGCCGCCUCUGCGGAUUACCUGCGCCACAGGAUAUCGUCCCCCCUCGGUUUUGGACAAGGUUCUCAGCAAUUGCUUGGUGAUCCAUUCCCAGGUGUCAGGAAGCCCAUGAGCCCAGUUGCUGCACAGAUGAGUCCCUUGGACAUACAGCAAGCUGCAUUAGAGGGACUUGCACUCCCACAUGACUUGGCCCUACAGGCAGCAAACUUCUAUCAGCAUGGCUUUGGUAAACCACAAAUGGACAAAAGCAGAGAUGGCUACAGGAACAGGCAGCAGCGAGUGACGAAAUCCCCCGCCCCAGGACACAGAGGGAACGCAGCUUCUCCAGCCCCUGCAGCCUCCAUCACGAGCAUGCUGUCUCCUUCCUUCACACCUACCUCGGUGAUCCGCAAGAUGUACGAGAGCAAGGAGAAGAGCAAAGAGGAGCCAGCUUCUGGGAAAAUGAAAAUCAGUGAUGUGAAAGAUGAAAAUCAGAGACCAAAUGAAGCUACAGAUAACCUACUGUCUAGUUCUGUGGAGAAUGCAGAUCAAGGAACUUUGCCCACCUUAGGUACCAAACUACCUGCACUGCAACGCUCUGCAUGUUCCACACCUCUUACCCAAGCAAAUCGUUGCACCAAAGAGCAAGACUACAGGCCCAAAUCAGCUGGUAGGAAGACUCCUACAAUGGCCUCCCCAGUACCAGGAGGCCCUUUCCUUCGUCCUGUUCAUCAAGUACCCCUUGUUCCCCAUGUACCACUUGUACGACCUGCUCACCAACUGCACCCAGGACUGGUCCAGAGAAUGCUGGCACAGGGGGUCCACCCGCAGCACCUUCCUCUGCUGCAAGCAGGUAUGCUUCCUCCUGGAGUGGACCUGUCUCACUUGCAGGGAAUAUCUGCUCCCAUCCUUGGCCAGCCUUUUUACCCGCUGCCAACAGCAAGCCAUCACCUCCUGAACCCGCGCUCGGGGACUCCUCUGCAGCUGGCGAUGAUGCAGCAGCAGCUGCAGCGAUCAGGCUCUGGAGCACAGGGAUCACCUGCUGGUGCACAAACAACCCCUCCAAACGUGCUGCCUCGGACUGGAUUAUCUCACGGGCACACACAGCUCGACCAUCGCCCCAGCCAGAGGAGUGGCUCUCCCAUUGGCCUUGCAAAAUGGUUUGGUUCAGAUGUCUUGCAGCAGCCUCUCCCUUCCAUGCCAUCCAAAGUCAUCAGUGUAGAUGAACUGGAAUACCGGCAGUGAACAGUGACCACUGGGUGGAACACUUGUGAUUCUUUAGACUGGAUGAAAAUGUCCAUAGUCAGGACUUCACCUCUUGUUUGUUUUUUUGGGGCUUUUAUUUUUAGUACUCUGUGCAAAAUUUCUUUUCGAGAGACUAAAGCACAUGGCACCUGUCCUGGUCUCAUGUCUGCAUCAAGACUAAAGGAUCCAUUAUGGCUUGGAUAGUGAAGCCUGAAGAAAUUUAGAUGCAAGACAAAGCCAGUUUAAUCCUGGAAGUGUCUAUUUUUUUUUUGUUUGUUUGUUUUUGUAAGAUAUGUGAAUGAAGUGCUGAUAUUCUCUAGUGUAGAGGUAGCAGCUAUAGAUUCCUUCUGCAGAGAACUACAUGUAUAGACCCUUCUGUACAGACUUGUGUAUAAACAAUCUUUUGUACAUACACACCUAGAAUAGCCUUUUUGAAUCUAUACAGCUGUACAUAAGAGUAGCUGGUAACAGUUGAGCUUUAGUUGUGCCUAUGGUUUGGACCUUUCUCCAUUGUACGUGUGGGACUUUCUUUAAGAUUAAAGUUGCAUAUCCUAAGUGUGAGUGAACAGGAUGAAGUUGCUUUGCCUUUCCUUGCUGCUCAUCUCCUCUAGGUCUCCCUCUCACAUCUUUGUCACGUACUGUGCACUCAGUGUAGCUCAAGUGUCAGGGUAAAAGCCCACAUCUUGCCGUCUGUGUAACGAAGGUCUGAUUCCCUGUGUGUGACUCUUGCCACCAAAUGAGAGGUUUAUUUAGUCUUUGAACAGCCUUGAGGAUGGGGCCUGGUGCAGUCAUGAUAAAGCCAGAUCUUCAGUCUGGAGGUACCUACUGGUCGUCGCUCUCUCGGGAGGGCUGGUGCUGGUCCUUGUUUAGCUGCAGUAUUUUCCUCGUUUUAAUCUUUCAAGCCAGUUACUAAAGGUCAUCAAAAUGGAGCCUUUGAAUCCUCACCCUUCAACUCCUCAGUCAUGGCUGUGGAAUAUCCUGUGCUGCCUUCAGUGCUGUUUCUGGAAGGGAGUCCCAAGCACUGUCCUCAGUCCCGUGAGCAUCCAGCGAUGCCAUUACUGUGAAACUUGCCUUUGGAGUCUUGUUCUGUGGCUUGAAAGGGGGAGGAUGGGGUAGUUUUGUGAUCUUACUGUGUAUAUUUGGUUUUUAAAGUACUAUGUUCCUUUUAAGCCUGUUUCACUUUCCUGAACAGUUAAAUGUUCUCCUCCAUCCUUCUGCAUGGUUCCUCACUUCACUCCCUCACUUGUGUUGAGUCGUGUGCUGCUGUCAUGUCCUCUCUCUAGCUUAGGCCAUUGGGCUCUUUUUUUUUAAAAGAGGUGGAAGCAAAACCAGAAUUCUCACAGACUUGCUCUUUCUUAGGUCUCACUGAAAGCAAAACCAGCAGCAGGGAAAAAAAAAAAAUCACUUGUCUGUAUCCUACCCCUUGGCAGAGUGCUGUGGUGGGUUUGUUUCAGUCCAGCAGAGACAGAGUUUAUGGAAAUAGCAAGCUGAAAAAUCUCCAAGGUGGAAGCUGUUGGGGGUCACCCAUACUUCUAAUGGUUGUUCCCAAAGCAAUCCCUGUAAAACAUGCAAUCACCAGCUUGUCCUUGUAAGACUGUUUUCAUACUUUUUUAACUUGACACUUUCCCAGUAACAUUCUGUAAAUAAAGUUGAUUCUACCAGC